AUUCUCCUAUAUAUAGACACUCCCACUAACUCUCACAGACCCACAACACUCACACCAUCAUGGCUUUCUCCACUAGAUCAAGACUCUUCCUCUUGUUCUUAACACUUCUUCCUUUCUCCACUCAAAUCAAUGCAAGAGAGAGCUAUUCCUUUGGAAAGUUCCAGAGAGAAUACCCCAAAGAUCAAAACCCUAAUAAUCUCCAAACCAACGAGACGAGCGAGCAAGACGACCAGAACCCUCCCUUUAUGCCCCAGUCCGGAAACGGGUACGGCUUGUAUGGUCAAGAAACAACCUACAACAACAAUGAAGAGCAGUUGAAUAACAAAAAAUACGACGAGAACGUUAACUACGACGACUCUUUCUCAACCCCAAGCCUAAGCCAAACCCAAGAAUCUUACAAGACAUAUGGAGACAGCUAUCCUAAGACGACCGAGAGUUACAACGAGAACAACAAGGACACAAGCUACUACGAAAACUCCAAUGGCUACGGGCCAGAGAAUAGAGAGGAGGAUGCGUACAAGGGUUAUGGCAACAACGUGGAGAGACAAAGGAUGAGCGAUAAGAGCUACUACGAAAACUCCAAUGGUUACGAGCCGGAGAAGAGAGAGAAGGAGGCGUACAAGGGCUACAGGAACAAUGUGGAGAGACAAGGGAUGAGCGAUACGAGGUUCAUGGCCAAUGGUAAGUACUACUAUGACCUUGAUGACGACAGAAACCACGGCCGUUUCUACCAGAAGCAUUACUACAGCUACAACCCCACCAGUUACAAUGAGGACUCGAGCUUCAAGAAUCCAUACAGUUCCAAGAACAUGAUGAACGAACGGUCCGAGAUGUUUGGGGAAGGGCAAGGAGAUCAGUUCAGUCCAUGAUCACGCGGAGAACAAAUCAUAUUAAAUAUUUUCAAAUUUGUUUUUUAAACUAAUAUAAGUUAUGAUGGUUUUUAUAAGUGAAACUUUUAAUCGUUUGCAUAUAAAGUUGGAAGAAUAAAGAUAUGUAAUGCUUUCUAUGUUAAUUUUUCUGAUGUUUGGUUCAA